UCUCUCUAUGCUCUUCGUUCUCUCUUUCUCUGAUUCUGAGAAGUGAGAACCUCCCUAUAUCCCGUUUGUUAACUCACAAGUUUUGUCUCUUUUCCAGUCCAAUCAAUCUCAAUCCCAAGAAACACCUUCGUUUCCAUGGCUACUCCAAACCUUCCAUCAUCUUUGGAACACAGAUCUGAUGAUCAGUGGGUUUAUGACAUCUUUCUCAGUUUCAGAGGUGAAGACACUCGCAAGAGUUUCGUCGAUCACCUCUACUCCGCUUUGGUGAGAGCCAGAAUUAAAACCUUCCGAGAUGACGACGCGCUUCGAAGAGGGGAAAACAUCUCUACCGAAAUACUCAAUGCGAUCCGUGGAUCAAGGAUUUCCAUUGUUGUCUUUUCCCAAGGGUAUGCUUCUUCUAAGAGGUGUCUUGAAGAGCUUGCAGAAAUUGUGCGUUGCAAGAAUACGAAACGUCACACUUUUUUUCCUGUAUUUUAUCAUGUGAGCCCGACAGAUGUUCGAAAGCAGACUGGAACUUUUGCCGAAUCAUUUGCGCGGCAUGAAGAGCGGUUUCAGAAGGACAUGAUGAGGGUAAAAAGGUGGAGAGCAGCUCUAACUGAAGCUGCAAACUGUUCCGGCUGGGAUCUCGAGACUGUUAACGGGUAUUAUACUAUUUUUUUAAUCAAAAUCAUAUAAGCAUUCAAAAUUAAUCAAGAUUUUCAUCUACAAAA